AUGAGUGAUAUCACAGCUCGUAACCGCGAGCAUUUCGAUCAGGUUGCUUCCAGUCACCUGAACGACUGGGAACCUCUCAUACAGAGCGUCAUUGAGGAGUUGAGGGACAGGAGAUCAUGGAUCAGUGGCAAGCUGGGCGACGACAAGGCUUCGAAGAAUGAUACGGGGCCAAUCAAGCUACUGGACUACGCCUGUGGCUCUGGGACAGUCUCCAAGGCACCUCCCUAUGUCGACGAAACAGUAGGCGUCGACUUGUCCGACAACAUGGUCGCCGAGUACAACAAAUGGGCUCAAGGACAAGGGUUUUCUUAUGCCAAAGCCCACGCACUCCAGUUGGAUCUGCUGGCAGAGCCGCAGUCCACGGAUCCAGCGCUCUCCGACUUCGACGUUGCAGUCGUCUGCAUGGCACUCCACCACGUCGCCAACCCGGAAGCACUUCUGUGUAGACUAUCCAAGACGUUGCGACCGGGAGGGGUGUGUGUGGUCUUUGACAGGGUCUUUUCAGACGAGAGGCCUGAGUUGCGCGCAGACUUGCCCGAGCAAGCGACCAAAGUCCUGCAAACCAUCUCCAAGCACGGGUUCACAGAAGAGGAUAUGCGUAAGUACUUCGAAGGCGCCGGCAUGGCCAAGAACUUUGAGCAUGCAGUCAUUGCACGGCCGUUCAAGUUGACCAUGUUUGGCCAGGAGAUGGAGCUGAAAGGCUUCAUAGCGCGAGGGGAGGUUGCUUGA